UCCGUGAGUUCGUGUUUCAUGUGUGCAUCCCCAAAGAUGUCGCAACUAUUGGCAGUAGUUUUGUGUUUUCUUAUUUGCGCCAGCAACACGUUCGCCGAAAAGGAUUGCUAUUCCGUACACCGCUUCUUGAAGCACUACGCAACGUUGACCGUUUCUUUACCAAACCACACCACACCGGUGUUUACUUUGUGUACCAGCGAUAAGGCCGACAGCGAAUAUCGCCUGGCACUUGAAGCUUACCAAAAUUUUACCGUUGAUCCCGCGUGCCAGAAAUAUCGUAAUGCCAACCGCAUGAACGUCUAUGAAACGAUCAAUGGCCAGCUGACGGCGUUAUGGGCGGCGGCUAAUUGUGAAUCGUGCAUCAACGCCGCCAACGAAACAGCAACGUUUAUGAAUUUAUCGAAUGAUCUCGAAUUGUGCUUAAAGAAUGCCUCACGGGUAAACGUCUCGAAUCCGUGUACCACUUGCGACGAGAACUAUAUGCGCGUCCAGCAGUACUAUGGGAUGCUUGAAAAGCGCGAUAUGGGCAUAUGCUUCGACGUGGAGGAUCGCAUGAACCAGACGCGGCGCCGCUGGUCCGGACAGUACAACUGCUGCAAAGACAAGCAGCGAUCGAUGGUGGCAUUCGGGUCAGUCGCUUCAUUCGCAUGUGCUGUCCCGUUGGUGUUCUAUUUGGUCAUGCAUCUGGUUACGGUGCGCCGGGAAGCCAAGAGGCUUUUCCUGCUGAGUGCAACAAGCGGUGAAGAAAAUAUAAUUCAGCGCCCCUCAAGCUCUCAAGGAAGGCAGAACGCUGCGGUUGGUGGUGAAGCUACCGCACGGAGCAGUAAUGCAUCGCAACCGGCAACAAAUAAUCUAAACAUUAUCGAUGGCGACCUGAUCAGCAUUUCCGACACAGAAACCAGUAAAAAUGCAGUGGCUGAGCAGCAAACACCAGGAACGCAUACCGAGACUGAAGAAUUUCAGAAAGAUGACAUAAAAUUGCUGAAUUCGCAUUAGAUUGUUGUGUACUGCGCUCUGCAUAUUUCCCAUUUG